AUGAUAAAUUUAAAGGAAAGCGAAAAAGAUCCAUAUACAUCAUAUAAAGACGAAAACGAAGUUCCUUUUGAGCGAAAAAAUUUUGAAGACCUGAAGAAAAGCAUUGAAAAUUUACUAAACGAUGAGAAAACAACAUCUGAAUUAGAUAAUAUAAAAAAAUCAUUGUUAGACUUGGAAUUAUCUACACAAAAUAAUAAUGACUCUAAUUCUGUCCUUAACAAUGAAUCAUUAAUUCGGUUUGAUGAUGGAAAAACGCUCGAGGAGUUAAAAAGAGAGUUGGAAAAACAGAAAAGGAUGAAUAACUGUUUAUCUCUAAAAAUAAAAAGCAUACAUAUAAAAUUGAAUAACAUAUAUAUGAAAAGAAAUCAAGUUGAAAAAAAUAUUAUAGACAAAAUUCGACAAAUCGAAAUUAAAUUUUCAGCAUUAAAUCAGGAAAAUAAUGAGGAAGACGAUACUGUUGAUACAAAAAAUAAUGAUGAGGGUUUGAAAUUCAAAGACAAUGUAUGCCUCGAAAAGUCAGAGAAAAAUGAAAUCGAGAGUAUAUUAUUGCAGAAUGAAAUAGAAAAAUUAAAAAAAGUUUUAAAUAAAUAUGAAGAAGAUUUAAAAUGGUUAAAAAAUGAUAAAGAGAAAAGAAGUAUCGAAUUAAAAUGUAGUAAAAAAGAUUUAGAAGAAGAAAUAAAAAAAAAUAAUGAAUAUACAAAUAAAAUAAAAUGUUAUGAAAUGAAUGCUAAUAUAUAUAAAAAUGAUAAUUUAAAAAAAAUCCAAGAAAUGAAUGAAAUAAAAAUAGAAUUAGAAAAUUUAAAAAAUAUAUACAAUGAAACAUAUGUGAAAAAUAAAUUAUUAUAUGAUGAAAAAAAUGAAUUAACCUUAGUUAAUAACGAUCUAAAAUUGGAAUUAAAAAAUGUCAAAACAGAUUUAGAAACUUGGAAAAAUAAAGAAGAUAUUUUUAAUAAAUGUACAGAUAAAAUUCAUAAUAUUCUGAUAUAUUUAAAAAAAAAUAAUGAUCAAAAUGUUUUAUAUGAAGCAUUUGGAAAUAAAUUAGACAAAACAAAUGAUAAUCUCCUAAUUAAUGCAGAUAAAGAUAUAGAUGAAAUUUAUUUAUCUAUUCAAAAUCUGAUUAAUAUGAAAAAAUAUUAUGAGGAAAAAAAACAAGAGUUAGAAGAAACUAAAAACGAAAUCGAAGUUGUUAAGAACAAUUUUAUGGAACGGUGUAAGAGCUAUGAAGAAAUGAAAAUGAAAAUGGAAAAAUUAAAAAUUUUAGAAAAAGACAAUUUAAAAAUAUGUAAUGAUAAAAAAAAUGAUGAAAAAAGAAUAAGUGAGCUAAAAGAUAAAUUAACAAAAGAAGAAAAUAAAAUAAUUGAAUUAAAAAAAAAAAAUUAUUAUAAUGUUUUUAAAUUAAAAGAUUUUAAGGAAAAGGAAAGAGAUAUGAUUGGUGAAAUAAAAAAACUAAAAAAACAUAUUAGAGAAUAUAAAAUAUGUUUUGAAAAAAAUCGAAAAAUUAAUAAAAAUCAAUUAAAAUAUAUGAAAGGAAAAAAUAAAAGAUUAUUAAAUAAUAUACAUGGAAUAAAUUUUGAAUUAAAAAAAUGUGUAAGUAAAAUAAAUAAAAUUAAUAAAAAUACAGAGAGUUUAAAAAGAGAGAAAGAAAAUGUACAAAAAGAAAUAUAUUUUAUGAAAAAAAAAAAUGAAAAAUUACAACAAGAAUUGAAAGAAAUCGAACUAGAAAAAAAAAAUAAAGAAUCAAAAGCACAGACAUUAAAUAGUAAUAUAUAUAAAGUAUGUACAGAAUUAAAUAAACAAAAUAAAGAAUAUAAAGAAAAUAUAAAACGGUUGUGUUGUUGUAAAGAAGAGUUAAAAGAAGCUCUUAAAAAAAAAUCUUGCAAAUUUAUUUUACUAAAGAAAAAUUGUUAUUAUUUAAAAAAAAAAAUACAAAAACAAAAUAAUGAAUUAAAAAAACAUUUAAAUAUAAUUAAAAAACAGGAGCUAGCCAUAAAUAAUUGUUCAGAACAAAAUGAAAAAUUAAGUGAAGAAUUAAAAAGACAUAACUCAUUAAUAAAAUCUAGAGAUGAUAAAAUAAAGAUUUUAGAAAAUAAUUUAAUAAAAAAAGAAGAAAUUAAUCAUAUAAAAAUCAAAGAAAAUGCUAAUGCUAUUAAAAAUGGUGAAAUAGAAUUAAAAAAUAUAAAUGAACAAAGAGAAAAAUUACAUGAACAAAAUAAAAAACUAAAUGAGCUAGUAAACGAUUUAAAAAGCCAAAUAAUCAAAGAGGAAAUAAAAAAUACAGAAAUAAAUAAAAAUAUAUAUACUAUUAAAAAUGAAAAUAAACAAAUUAUACAAAACUAUGAGCAAAAACUACGGGAUAAAGAAACAUACAUAGAGGAUAUUAAAAAUGAGUUAAAAAAUGUGAGAGAAAAAAUUGAGGAAAAAUAUGAUUUGCACACAAAAGAGAACAAAAAAAUUCUGAACAGCAAGAUAGAAAAGAUGACCAAUGAAAUAAAUGAACUGAACAAAAUAAAAAAUUCGUAUGAAAUUGAAAUUAAAAAAUUAAAUAAUGAUUGGGAUAAAUUAAAUUCACAACUAAAAGAGAAAGAAAGUGAAAAUGAAAACUUGGCUAAUUCUCUAAAAGAGCAAGAGAAUGUCAUACAAAAUUUAAGAAAUAAAAUAAAAGAAAUUGAAGAGUGUGAAAAAUUAGAAUUGGAAAAAAUUAUAAAAAAAAUGCAAGAAGAAAAUGAAAUACAAAAAGAAGUAAUCAUGCAAAAAUCUAACCAAGACAAAAUCGAAUUUGAAGAAAAAAUAAAAUCAAUUCAAGAACAUAAUAAAAUAAUGAUAGAGGAACUGAAAACAAAAUGGAAAGAAGAUAAAGAGAAUUAUGAAGAAAAAAUAAAAAAUAUUAAUGAAAAAAAUAAUAGUAUCAUUGAACAAAUUCAAGAAGAUUGUAAAAGUCAAAUAAAAAGAGUUACAGAUUUAUGUAACGUUAAAACAAAAUCAGAGGUAAAUAAAUUAAAUAAUGAUGAAAUAUUACAAAAGCAAAUUCAAGAAUAUUCAAUUAUGUUAAAUAAUAAAGAUGAAGAAAUUAAAAAUAUUAUUAAUAUGUACAAUGAAAAAUUACAGUUGCAAAAUACUGAAAUGGAGAAUUUAAUAAACGAAUGUGAAGAAAAAUUAAAAAAAGCAAAAAUAAAUAAAAAACAAAUAUCAGAGAAGGAUAAUCAAGAAGAUAUAACGACCUCAAAUGCUGCCUAUAGAGUUGGGGAAAGAGAGGCAAGAGUAACCGAGAGAGAAAAUAAAGUGAAAGAGAGAGAAAAAAAAGUGAAGGAGAGAGAAAAUAAAGUGAAGGAGAUCGAAAACAAAGUUGAAGAGAGAGAAAACAGAGUGAACGAGAUCGAAAACAAAGUGAAAGAGAUCGAAGCCAAAGUGGCGGAAAAAGAGGUCCGUGCAGUAGAGAAAGAAGCACAUUUGAUAGAAAAGGAAGCAACUAUAAUGGAGAGAGAAAUUGAAUUAAAAGAAAAAGAAGAUAAAAUAAAUAAAUUACAAGAAGAAAUAAAUGAAAAAAAAAAAAUGUUUAAUAAUACACAAUUAAAUACAUCAAAUAAUGUUAUUUUUCAAGAAAAUAAAAGUGAAAAUAUAGAAAAUGAUUUACAAAAAUCGACUACAGAUUUUAAGACAAAUAAAAUAGAAGAUAUUAAUAAAAAGGUAAAGGAGAGAAAUGAAACAAAUAGUGAAAGUACAGAAAAUGAAAAAAUAGGAGAAGAGAAUAUCCCAGAUAAAAAUAGUAAUAUAAAGAUAGAAGAAAAGAAAGAAAAAAAUAAAAAAAAAAAAGAAAAAUCGAAAAAUGGUAAGAAAGGAGAAAAAUAUAAUAAAGAUGAUUUAUUAACACUAGAAUUGUUAGAAGAAAAAUAUCUUAACGUACAAAAUAAGUUAAUUGAAGGGGAAACAAAUCAUCGUCUUUAUUUAAAAUCUCUAAUUAAAACACUAGAUGAAAUUAUUGAAAUGCUUAAUAUAAAACAGAGCACAACGCUAAAUAACCAAACAGUAAAUAGUCCACCAUUAAAUGGUACAUUAUUAAAUGAUACAACAAUAAGUGAUGCUAUUAAUACAAUUAAUUAUGCCAUUUCAUCGUGGAACAUAUUUGGUGAGCCAACCUCAACUAAUCCAAUAGAGAAUACUCAGACAUUAGGAGAAAAUAUAAAUUCAAUUUCAAAUUUUGAUGAAAAAAAUAGUGAAGAUUUAAAAAAUAUUGUUACUGAAAAGCUUCAGUUAAUUAAACAGAUAAUUGGGUAA